CUCUUCACCGCGACAACAAUUUAUCCUCAAAUGGCUGCCACAUUUCGUGUUCUCCACCUAUUUCAAGUUUUUUCUUUCAUGUCCAAGGUUUCUGCAUACGAGUUUUAUCACACACUGGUGCACCUCUCGGAUAACACUGGACUAUAUACGCCCCCAGAUCAGUAUGAUACCUUCCUAUGGAUAAUGUGCAAGUGGCAUCACUUGUGCUCUUUGAAACGUUUCGGCCAUGGCCAUGAACCUGGCAGGAUUGCAGAGACGAGGCCCGGUGAAUUGGUACUAUGUUGUCCUGCCUGUCCCCAUCCUCAUGUGAAUCUACCCUGUGGUUGGAACGAAAACCUAGGAAAACAUUGGCUGUAUCGCCUCUUUCUCGCAGUUGAUGCCAAUUUUUGGCUCCACCACCUGAACGUAUCAAAUGAAGAUAAUGACCCGAGUUUGAACCGUGGCUAUGGUUACUUUGUCAAGGAAAAUUCCUUUCAGUUGUUUCUCGAGAUGUCUGGCAAAAUUAUCCCAGCAGAAGAAAAAAGCACUUGCAACAACCAUGAUGCCGUCAAGCUGGCCAAUAGCCAUGGAGGUCAAGGGGUGGCGGCAACCGGUGUCAGAGCUGUAGUAUGUGGUCGCCACGAUAUGAAGCGUCCUUUAUCUGUUGGUGAUCUUCAGAAGGGUGAAAGGUACAUCAACAUGGACUACUUCGUCUUGUCAACCCUGACUUGUGAUAUGCCACCUGACCUUGUGAUUUCAUACGAUAUCACAUGCCAGUGGCACAAGAACCUUUUUGUAUAUAUCAGCAAAUAUCCAAUGGAUCUGCAACCUGGCCAACUGGAGCACAACAUACUCUAUCUUGUGCCAAAGUUCCAUUUGCCGGUGCAUAUCCUCAAGUGUCGCAAUGACUUUUCCUUCAACUUCUCAGCGAAAGUAGGACGAACAGAUGGAGAAGCACCCAAGAGAACAUGGGCCGCAACCAAUGCCUUGGCAAAUAGCACCAAGGAAAUGGGUCCAGGAUCACGUUGGGAUACCCUUGAUGACCAUUUUGGGGACUACAAUUGGCGGAAAAUUGUGAUCAUGGGUACAUUGUUCUCUGCUACCAUAUUCGACAUUUCAGUUGAUGAACAUGAACAGCACAGACACUCUGUGAAAAAUUUCGGGAUGCAUUCAAAGCAUUGCUCUAUGGUGUUAACUUGGGAGCAGGAUCGCUCGCAGCCUAAUCCUUUUGCCCCAACUUUACAUCAUAAGUCUUCUAUCUUGCCGAUACCACUUUUGCUCAUAGAAGAAAAGCAGGAAACCAAGAUCGAAAUUCACCAUGAUGUUAGUCCUAGCAAAUUCAUUGCUCAGGGUCUGCAAUUAGAAGAAGCACAGAUACAACUGGUCAAUGAUAUGGCUGUACUUGGAGCACACUCGACCAAUCUCCAACGUACUAGAGUUCAACAACAAGCCAACCGCAUUUCUCACAAGAUCGAAGCUUGGAUUGAUGUACAGAAGGUGUACAUGCCAAGAACUACUUUACUACGCACUAGGGAUGAUGAUCGUCAUGCUCCAGGUGUUGAAGUCCAUACCUCCAAGAUAUCUUUAUACCUUCCUUCUCAUGUGCUGCGACUCAACGCUGUACAAACCAACAUUCAAAACACCAUCAUCGACAAUGAGUGCCAGUUGCAUCUCACCCAGGCACACAAUACCUUAGCGACUUUACAUGAUCACCUACUGUUGAAAUCGUAUCUGGUGAUAUGGCGCCAAAGAUUUUCCCAUGGACAGCGUUAUGGGACCAAAGCAAAUGUGCUGAUGCAUAGGGUGGAGACCAAAAUACAAGCAGAUGCUGCACAUUACAGGUGGGUUUACAUGGCCUUGGAAGCAGUAUCUACAGUGUUAGGUCAGGAGGAGUGGAAGGCAGGACUAUCUCCCUUGAAGGCAGAAGAUGUCCGUGGUUUGGAUUCAUAUAAUGAGGCAACCUUGGAGGGACAGUGUACAUUGUCAUGGAUAUGGAAGACAAACCUCCAGGGAGGUGAGAAAGGACUACAAGAAGCAUUGCGCAUUGAAUGGUGCAAGUCCCAUGCGCGUGCUCAGCGAUGGCAAGAGGAGUGCGAUCUUCUGACAGAGGAGAUCCGUUGGGUUCAAGUCACUUUCCAAUAUUAUAGUAGCGUGUGGAAGGGCCGAGCCACUUGCACAGAUUUACCAGGAGCAAAAGCAUAUGCACUGAGGCAGGCCACUCUCUGGUCAGACCUUAGUGCAAGUGUGGCAACUCGAUGGAAUGAAGUAUUGGCCUCUUUGCCGGCACCUUCAGUUGACUUUGAUCCGACAAUGGAUCUUGACUUGCGUGGCCAUCGAUCGUAG